AUGUGUUGGUUGCAGCGACGAGGUGGCUACUUUGGAAAGACGACCUUCGAGUUCCGCCGGCGCUUAUUGACUUGCGUCGACGCUUACCACCACCGGUCAUCAGGCAAACAAAUGGCAUCCCAACCCGAGGCUAGCCGCGAGGUUGCCCGCCUCCACAGGGUGAAUAGAACUAUCCAUGAGUUGGUGCAUGACCGGGGAUAUCUUGUUGCAGAGGAUGAAAUGAACAUGGAUAUCCAGACUUUCAAAUCUACUUUCGGCUCUGGAGAAAACAUUGAUCGCACACGUCUAAACUUUUUUACCAAUCAUAAAGAUGAUCCGACCAAUCAGAUUUUUAUCUUUUUCGCCGACGAAAAGAACGUCACUAUUAAAACCAUGCGAAAAUUCUUGGGUAUCCUGGACGAAAAGGGUAUCACCCAUGGCAUCAUUGUCUUUAUGGAAAAAAUGACCCCAUCCGCCCGAAAGGUUAUCUCAGCCAUGUCAAGCCAAUACAGUCUCGAAGAGUUUGCCGAAGCCGACCUCCUCGUUAACAUUACUCAUCACAAAUUAGUACCUCAACACCAGGUUCUCACACAAGUGGAGAAAAAAGCACUACUCGAGCGAUAUCGUCUCAAAGAAACACAACUUCCGCGUAUUCAACUCAUUGAUCCUGUUUCACGAUACUACGGUCUAAAAAGAGGUCAAGUUGUUAAGAUAACACGUCCCAGCGAGACUAGUGGUCGUAUGGCUAAAGACUAUCGGUCUCAUACUACCAUUGAUGACUCGGAAAAACCAUUUAACCUAUUUGCGGGACAAAAGCACUAUGGACAACAAUUCGACACCAUCUACGCGGCUCGCCUAGGUCAACUACGACCUGCACUUCUCGAAAAUGCUCAAAAAACCUGGGGAAAGAGGAAAGGCAAGCAUUGCAUAUUUCCUCACGUGCCUCGCGUAUUGGAUGUCGUCAAAGGACAGCAAUGCUAUAUUAUUGGGACGGUAUACAUGGAUAUGCCACUCAAGGCCAAUGUUUUGGAAGAUAUAGCCCAAGAUCACGCACUCGCUAUGAUUCCGAUUCAAUCAAAACGCACCUCGGAUAAAGACUCCGUUAUGCUUGAGGACGAGAGUGGCCGGGUUGGACUUAUAGGAAAUCUACUAGCUAAAGAAAGACUUGUAACUGGCGUGAACAUCGCGGUCUUGGGGUCGGAGGCCGACAGUGGAGAAUUUCAGGUCGAUGAGGUGGUCUAUCCAGGACUUGCUCCGCCAGCACAUAUACCCAACCCCAUGCCUAAUGAAUCUUCCUAUUGUGCAUUCCUCUCUGGGCUGUUGUAUGGCGAGACGGCCAAUACGGGCUCAACAUUGGUUCAACCUGAAACAAACUCAUCUCUGAGGGCCGAUUCAAUGAUGACAAUGUCCUUAUUUUUAGACUGGCUCAGUGGAGAAGGCGGGACCGAAAAAGAUCGGGAUCUUGCCCGACAGAUAAGCCGAGUCGUGGUUGCCGGCGACUCUCUCGCCGCGCCACUCCUUGAUGAAGAAAGGGACUCUUCCAAAGUAUCAAGUUCGGCAAACACCUCCUUGCGUCAAGCAGUGUUAUCAUUAGGAGAAACAUUUCAGGAGAUAGCACGCACAGUACCACUCCAUGUGCUUCCUGGUGCAAGUGAUCCAUCCGGCGCUGCUCUCCCACAGCAGCCAUUGCCCUCCUGGAUAUUCCAACCCCAGGGACAAGCCAGCGAGAUAUCUGAUGCGCUUCACAUGGAGUCAAACCCCACAUGGAUCCACAGUAGCGGAAAAAGUAUCCUCGUUCAUUCUGGUCAGCCUCUGAAUGAUAUAUAUAUGCAUUCCGUGGAAGAUGAUCGCAUGAGCAUGGUACGAAAUACACUAAAGUGGAGACAUAUUGCUCCAACAGCUCCUGAUACCCUAUGGUCAUAUCCGUUCGACAAGAAAGAUCCAUUUGUCCUGGACAAGAUGCCAGAUAUUUACGUACGACCCAAGACGACGAGCUCUGGCAGCGCGAUGGCCCCAGGCACGCCGACUCCUCGGGCCCAUGUACGAACGGCACCAGGUCGGAUAUCGCGUCCGUCGACAGCACCAACUCCAACGUCAGAUAGUGCACCAAUGCUACCAACUAGCUCACCACAGAUGUCUAGACAGCCGUCUCCAGCACCUCCUCCAGCAGCUACUCUUGAGCCUGAACGUGCGGGACAAACUCCACAACCUGGAGGAGGCUCAGCGCCUCCGACAUCUGGUAUAUUACUUGGGUCGGGGUCUGGUGUUGUAGACUGGCCAACUUUUAUGCAAGCAUACGCAAAUGGUGAAUGGGACCCCAUACGGAUUCCAGAACCCCCGUUUGAGCUCAAGCUCCCGGGAGCAUCCAUGCGGACAUCUGGCUCGCCUAUGAUUAGUAGUUCUGCCCUUUCUUCAUCUUCCACAGUUGCAGUCAAUUUGUCUCCGUCACUUUCUAGUAGUCCUAGUUCAGCAUCCCCCUCACGGGGACUGGCAGGCCCAGAUCGCCGACCGCGCAUCAUGCCAGACUCCCGUACUAGCUCAAUUGCAUCUCGACGUGGAACCGCCACCCCCGAUCUAUCUAGCUCCACUACCAACUUUAUCCAUCCCAAUUUUCCCUAUGUAAAUGCUCCUCGAAAGGUUCAGAGGUCGCAUUCAGAUGUUGAGGUUCGAUCGCCAGGUGGAGUCCCACCCACUACUUUACCAGCAUUGCCCAGCCCAUCCAUCGAUCGCGCCGCUGUGGCCGCUACGAUCCGAUGGGCAGGCUCAGGGGUCAACGUCGCUCCAUACGCACUGCCUUCCCCCGAAGCUGCUGAGCUCUUGGACCCCAUGCGUAAAGCUCUCCCUUUGCUCCACCCGUCGUCGUCACACCCCAAGUCGCGUCUUUCCAAUUUUUGGGAGGAAAGUCCUCAUGAACCCGCACCUCCUCCAACCAUCGUUCCUCAACCCCCUUCACCAGAGGUGGUUUCUUCAAAGGAAAGCUAUAUUUCACGUCCAGCUCCAGCUCACAAAGCCUCGUCUUGGUCUACUCGCCGCCCAUCGAAUUCACAAGGGGACUAUUUCAGUCGGUCUCCUUCGCAGAUUCGCUCGCGAGCACACUCUAGGUCCCCUGCCUCCGACAAAUCGCGGGACCUCCCUUCUCAUCCAUUUAUUGGUGUCAAUCAGACUAAUCCUUCUGGCCCUUUGCCUGCAACGACUUGGACAAACCUAGCAACUUCCCCGUCGCAAACGAAUCUCGCUGAUGUUUGUCUCCCAGUUACUUUCCGGGGGUCCACUCUAUCCUUGGCUGGCGCUAAGUUAAGGCCGGACUCUGGAGUACAUCUGGGCAACGGCUACCCAACAGUUCCCGACCAACUAUUAACUUCCUUGUCUAGUUCAGCGGAUGUGGAAUUUUUUACUCCCAGUGAAACACUAAUUAAAUCCGACGAAGACGAACAACCUACCUACCUCAUCCCACCAUUACCCCCUGAUGAACUGGAACGGCGGAAGGCUCUCUACAGGUUCAAUAUUCUUCACACCAGUCGCGAUGUUAAUUUCGACCGAAUAACACAUUUGUGUAAAUUAGUAUUCUCGACCAAGAUGGUCAUCAUAGCUCUAAUCGACAAGGACGACCAAUGGUUCAAGUCAGAAUCUGGUUUCGGAGUCGAUGGUACCAGCCGUGACAAUAGUUUCUGUGCGCAUUCGAUUCUAUCCCGUAGACAGCGAGGGGCAGAACCUCUGGUCGUUACAGAUGCAAGUCAGGACUGGCGUUUUGCAAACAAUCCGCUGGUCGCUGGCCCGCCCCACAUACGAUUCUAUGCUGGGGCACCGUUGCGUACAACCGAAGGUUACAAUAUCGGGACCCUGUGUGUUAUUGACGACAAACCAAGAGACGAAUUCACUCCAAGACAGCGGCAUACUCUGAAGGAAUUCGCUGCAAUCGUUAUGCGAGAAAUGGAACUGUGGCGCGAUAAAAUCCAGCUUCAAGUUCGAGACCGCAUUCAAACUUCCAUGGAAAGAUUUACUCGUGAAUGCCUUGAACUUGAGGAAUCUGGGUCUCCGAACGGUACUUCCAUGGAGAAGGUUUACGAUCGGGCCUCUAAACUUGUCAAACGAGCUCUGGACCUGGAAGGUGCGACUGUGCUCGACAUUGCUAACUUCGAAUGCGUCGAAUCGUUCAACGAGGACGGAACCAAGUCAUAUUCCUAUCGUGGAGAUACAUUCACAGACUCCUCCCACGGCCCCGCUCCCAUUUCAGCUUCACCUAGCAUGCACGCUUCUGACAAGGUUUCUGGGCCGGCCAACCGUCCAUUCGAACAAAUUAGCCCCCCCGCCGUUCUUGGAGCUUCCCAUACCAAUUUUAAAGCCAAACACGUUCAUACAUUGUCGGGCGCGGAUCAUGAGCGCCUCUCCUUGUUUCUCGCGAACUAUCCCGAUGGAAAGAUAUAUGAACAUAUAACACCGAGUUAUUUGCGCGACUGGGCAAUUCCGAGCAAUGCUACUUAUUCCAUGAUCGUCCCCAUAUUCAAUGUUGACCAUCAUCCGUUUGCACUAUUAUGUGCUUAUAUAACAGACCCAAGCAAGCACUUACUGGAGGGCUACGAAUUACAGUUCCUAAGGGCUAUCGGUGUGAUCAUUCUCAGCGCUAUGUUAAAGCGACGGAUGAUACUAGCUGACAAAGCGAAGUCGUUGUUUAUUUCCAAUAUUUCGCAUGAGCUCAGAACGCCGCUGCAUGGAAUUCUGGCGGCUGCUGAGCUCAUUGCAGACACUAAAUUAACUGACACUCAGAGUGCAUUUCUGAAGACAAUACAGAGCUGUGGUGCCUCUCUUGGGGAAACAGUUAACCACGUUCUCGAUUUUACCAAACUGAGUGGGAACAGGGAGCAUACGAUCCCAAGAUCAAAAACCAAUCUUCUAACACUGGUGGAAGACACUGUCGAGGGGUGUUGGGUUGGCGCACGCGCCCGAGCAGUUUCGGAAAUUGGUAGCGUGUACUCGCCACCCCGCUCCUUGCCGGGGACCAACGCCGCCUCACAGGCAUCUGGUGGACGGCAUGUCGAGACUAUUGUGGACAUCGCUUACCGGGAAAGGGGGUGGAGUUGUGUUUGUGAGAAAGCUGGGAUCCGUCGCAUUUUGAUGAAUCUUAUCGGUAACUCGCUCAAAUUCACAUCAGAUGGUUAUGUGUAUGUUGGGCUCAGGGAGGUCGCAUACAAUGAAGAGGAUCGGGUCAUAACUGUGGAACUAUCGGUCAACGACACGGGAAAGGGGAUCAGCAAAGACUUUUUGACCAAUCAGCUUUUCCAGCCUUUCUCUCAGGAAAACCCAUUGCAUACUGGGACGGGGCUGGGUUUGGCUAUCGUAAAUUCUAUUGUUCGUUCAGAAGCGGUCAACGGCCAAGUCGACGUAUGGAGUCAAGAAGGUGUCGGGACUGAGAUCAAGAUUUCAUUCGACGUAGAAGAGCUUCCAUCUGGCCUUGGAGAUGCUAGCCUGAUUCACGGAAAAAUUGAUCACCUGGGUAUUUGUAUGCAUGGUUUCUCUUCUCAUAGGGGAGAACAGGAACUACAGUCGACAAUUUCCACGGUUCUGACUAUUUGGUGGAGUGUCUCUAUUGUGGGUCACUCUGAUCGAGCCGAUGUCCUUCUGGUGAACGAGGAUAUCCAGUUCUUAUCCGAUCUCGUCAACCAACAGGAGUUUUCCAAGCCGGUGAUUCUGCUGACUUCAUCCCGUGGAGACCAACGGAUUAUGGGCAUUGUAAAGAACUUUGAGCGCUCGGGAGGCUUCUGCCGGUUAAUAUUCAAGCCUGGUGGCCCCUCGCGUCUGUUUUCUGCAUUGAAAGAUUGUAAAAAAUUCCGUGAUGGAGAAUUAUCUUCUUGGACUGGGGUACAUGCACUACCUAAUUCUCCGGGCACUCCACCGGCCAGCGAACCUGGAACUCGGCGCAGUUCACAGCACAUGCCCUGUUCCCCCCGCCAAUCUCGUGAUUCUCUUCCCAUCAUACGUAGUUUGGGCCCCACCAACUCCGCAUCUUCCUUACACGAGACUGAGCUAUCCAAACCUAUGGACGACGCACCCUAUUUAACUCGUUCAAUAAGCGAUUUCCAGACCAUUCCUCUCGCAGAUGAAGGUUCUGUUAUGUUGGAGUCGGCAACUGGUACGCUUGGUAGUACCAAGAAGCCCCGGGUGCUCGUGGUUGAGGAUAAUCCUAUAAAUAGGAAUAUUUUGGCUGUCUGGCUAAAGAAGCAAGGCUUAGAAUACAAGGAAGCUACUGACGGCAUUGAAGGGGUCGGUAAAUUCAGAAACGCUGUUCCUGGGCACUACCAGGUCUUACUUGUCGAUUUAUCAAUGCCGAAUCUGGGCGGCAUCGGUUGCGUGAGCCAGAUUCGCGCUAUCGAACGAGAGCGACGAGGUGGGGUACCCGCGGCUAAAAUAUUCGCUUUAACUGGGUUGGCAACACCCGAAGACAAACGGCAAGCCCUUGCUGCAGGGUUCGAUGGAUAUUUAAUUAAACCAGUCUCAUUGAAAACACUUGAGGGACUGUUCAAAAAACUUGCCUCUGGUUAA